ACUUAUUAAAAAUGUCUUUGGUGGAAAAAAUUAAGGUAAUUGAAAAUGAAAUGGCCAAGACCCAAAAGAAUAAGGCCACUUCUUUUCAUUUGGGUCAAUUGAAAGCCAAACUUGCAAAACUUAGACGUGAAUUAGUUACACCAUCUGGUGGUGGAGGUGGUGGACCUGGUAUUGGUUUUGAUGUUGCUAAAACGGGUGUUGCUCGUAUUGGUUUUGUUGGUUUUCCUUCUGUGGGUAAAUCAACUUUAAUGUCUAAACUUACUGGAACAACCUCUGAAAUUGGUGCAUAUGAAUUCACAACACUUACAACUGUUCCAGGUGUUAUUCAAUAUAAAGGCGCUAAACUUCAAAUUCUUGAUCUUCCUGGUAUUAUUGAAGGUGCAAAGGAUGGUAAAGGUCGUGGUCGACAAGUCAUUGCUGUUGCACGUACUUGUUCACUUAUUUUUAUUGUUCUUGAUGUGUUAAAGCCUAUGACUCACAAACGAAUUAUUGAAAAGGAAUUAGAAGGCUUCGGUAUCCGAUUAAAUAAGAAGCCACCUGCUAUUAUAUUCAAAAAGAAAGAAAAGGGUGGUAUCAACAUGUCGAAUACAGUCCCUUUGACCAAAAUCACAUUUGAUGAAGUUAAGGCUGUUUUGAGUGAAUAUCGUAUACAUAAUGCAGAUGUUUCAUUCAAAGAAGAUUGUACAAUUGAUGAUCUUAUUGAUGUUGUUGAAGGCAAUCGUAUUUAUAUCCCAGCAGUUUAUGUAUUAAACAAGAUUGAUCAAAUUUCAAUUGAAGAGUUAGAUUUAAUUUACAAGAUUCCUAAUGCAGUUCCUAUUUCUUCUAAUCAUGAAUGGAAUUUUGAUGAAUUAUUAGAAUUCAUGUGGGAAAAAUUAAAUCUUGUUAGAAUCUAUACUAAACCUAAAGGACAAUUACCUGAUUAUGAACAACCUGUUGUUUUGACAAGCGAUAAAUGUACUAUUGAAGACUUUUGUAAUAAUAUUCACAAGUCCAUUAUAGAACAAUUUAAAUGUGCCUAUGUUUGGGGCGCUUCAGUUAAACAUAAUCCUCAAAAGGUCGGCAAGGAACAUGUUCUUAUGGACGAAGAUGUAGUUCAAAUUGUUAAAAAAAUUUAAAAAUGAUGUAGAUUUUAUAAAUAAAAGCAGGCCCUUUUUUUUUAAAAAAAAAAAAAAAAAAAAAAAAUAGAAAAAAA